AAAGGAAGAAGGAACCGAAAGAAAGAAAGAGAAGAAACAAUGAAGAAUGCUGCCUUCAAUCUUGACAAAAACACAACAAAAUCAUCAUCAUGGAUCAAGAAAAAACAAACUCAACGUCUCAAAUCUCCGCUUUCUCUGUUACUAAUUCUCUCUCUCUUCCUCUUUAUUUUCCUUUUCAUCUCCUUCUUUAAAAUAACCCCCAAUUCACUUUUCUCCAAAACCAUUAGAGAUAAUCCUCUAAUCUCGCAAUGCACCAGAUUCCAAACCCUAGCCCUAGGAGAGAAGUUCCUAUGGUAUGCACCACACAGUGGGUUCAGCAACCAGUUAUCAGAGUUCAAGAAUGGGAUUUUAAUGGCUGGGAUUUUGAAUAGAACCUUAAUUGUGCCUCCUGUUCUUGAUCACCACGCUGUUGCUCUUGGUAGUUGCCCUAAAUUUAGGGUUUUGGGACCUAAAGAGAUUAGGAUUUCAGUUUGGGAUCACGUUCUUGACCUUGUUAAGACUGGCAGGUAUGUCUCUAUGGCUGACAUCAUCGAUAUUUCGUCUCUGGUACCUUCUUCCAUUCAAGCGAUAGAUUUCAGGGUUUUUGCAUCGCUAUGGUGCAAUGUGAAUAUGGAUUUCACCUGUUCAAAUGAUUUAAAUUCUCAAUCUUCUUUGUUUGAUAGCCUCAACCUGUGUGGAUCUAUACUGUCUGGGAUUGACGGUAAUGUAGACAAGUGUUUAUAUGCUGUAGAUGAAGAUUGCAGAACCACUGUUUGGACUUAUAAGAAUGGUGACGAGGAUAGAGUGUUUGAUUCAUUUCAACCUGAUGAACAGCUAAAGAAGAAAAAGAAAAUUUCAUAUGUUAGGAGACGCCAGGACGUAUACAAGAGCCUUGGACCUGGUUCUGAAGCUGGAUCAGCCACUGUCCUCGCAUUUGGAAGUCUUUUCACUGCUCCAUACAAAGGGUCGGAGCUAUAUAUUGAUAUCCAUGAAGCACGAAGGGAUCAAAGGAUACAAUCUUUGAUUGGCAACAGUGAAUUUCUUCCUUUUGUCCCUGAAAUCCUAAAUGCAGGGAAGAAGUUUGCUUUAGAGACCAUAAAGGCUCCUUUUCUUUGUGCGCAGCUCAGGUUGUUGGAUGGACAGUUUAAGAACCACUGGAAAGCUACAUUUCAGGGCUUAAAACAAAAGCUAGAAGUUUUAAAGCAGAGUGGAUCUAAACCUGUACAUAUUUUUGUAAUGACCGAUCUUCCUCAAGGUAAUUGGACUGGAAGUUUCCUGGGGGACAUGGCUAGUGAGGUUAACCAUUUUAAACUACACUUUUUGAGAGAAGAAGAUGAGUUGGUCAAGAAAACAGCAAAGAAUCUUGCAGUUGCUGGGCAUGGCCUGAGGUUUGGACCUGUUCCGAGGAGUCUUAAUGGAGAGAGCAAGAUGAAGAUGAAUUGUUCAUAUCAGAGGUUACCCGACAUACUUUUGUACAUAGAGAAAAGUGUUUGUAGCUGUGCUUCCCUUGGUUUUGUUGGGACUGCUGGGUCAACUAUUGCCGAGAGUAUAGAGUUGAUGAGGAAAUCUGAUGUAUGUUCUAAGUCCUAGUCUGACUGCAACAUGACAGUUGGUCCUGGUUGUUAGAUUGAUGCAUGCCUGGGAUGGGUUUCUUUUGAUCCCAGUUGACAGCAUCGCAAGCGUGAUGAAUCUGAGUUUCCGCAUGUAUAUUUUUCAGCAAAACAAGUGUUGGUGCCACUCUCAUGCAACCUUGUUCUAUCCUAUGAUGCUCAGCGACUCAAAGUGCAUGCAAGAGUAGAACCUUUUUGUCUAUGAAGAUUCAACUCCUACACUGGAAGGAAUUUUCUGCAUUCCAUUUCAAUUAUGCUGUUUUAAUUUCUAUACUGCUUUCAGGAAAGAGAGUCAUCCAUAAAUUUUGAUAGGUAGUUUUACUGCGCUGAGAUCAAUUGUGAUUGUAACUUAAGAAUGCAAGUCGGAUAGUUUAAUAAA